UCUAAAGAAACACACUAGUCUUUAAACCGUUUUGUUUUGUUGGUGGUGGUCUAUAUAUCACUGCCACUCGUGUAGAAAAAAGCCAUUGAUACUCAAAUUAUAAUCCGUGUAUUCAAAUUGUUUAAAAUCUUUGUCACGACUAGAUGCAACAACACGAAGAGUAAAUGCAGAUUUAUGUAUGACAGCAACACCCCAUUUGCAUUCCAUAGCUGUGAAAAUAUAGCAAACGCAGCCGCACAGGGCGCGAAAUUCAUCCUCUACUAAUACAGACACAGAGCGAUCUGACCAGAGGGACAGAGUGAGAUAAAGCCCCCAGAACAGACAGAGAGAACAGAGAGAGAUACAGGCCCGUCCGGCUAACUUAGCCUAGCUCUUUGCGAAUAGACAGUCUGGUUCUUUAACGUACCCGGUGUAUAGCACCGAUACAUACAAAGCCGUCUUUCCUGGGAAGAACCAGUACAGGCCUCUUAGUCAGGUGGGAGACACUCAAGAGCAUCUCAGAAAUGUCCAGUUCCUGGACCGGGAUUCGAUUCCCGGACCUCUGGAUUGGCAGUCAAGCGUGUUACCACUAGACCACCGGCCCACCUCACUUCAAAUUGUAAACACCAGGCCCCGUGUUCACAAAACAAUUUCAGUCUCAUCUGAGUUUGAUAAUGAAACUUUAUUUGUCAUUUAUAUCUAAAUAGCAUGUUUAAAACUAAAAUUUAAUUAAUAAUAACUGCAUUGUAUUUUCAAGUUGCUAUUCAGUUUUGAUGGCUAGUCUAAGUUGGAAUUUAACCUGGAAGUUUAUUAAAACUGAUAUCAAAAUUUCAAACUCAAACUCAGCUGAGACCAAAAAAUGUUUUGUGAACACGGGCCCUAGUUUAGCUGUACUUCUGAAGCAAGUAAAUGAGUUGGCUAGAAAUAACGGUUACCAAUGAUUGAACUAUAUCAGAUAGUGUGAUUAUAAUAUUAUCUUAAUGUCAAUGUUUGUUUUUAAACCUAUGAAUUAAAUGUGUUAUUUUUUUGGCCUUGUACUUUGUUUGAAACAUCUCGCGCUUCAUAUAAGAAACGAUUUCAUUGAAAGCAUUUUUAAAUAUGAUUCUCGUAUCUUAUAGUAGUCGCCCAGUCAAGGUAGAGGUAUUUUAGCACUUGUGUAAAUUUUAUACACAUACUUCAGCAACGGAAUGAUAUAAAAUAUGACCUUUGUAUUAUGUUUGUCAAGAAUGUCCAUUACCAAUUGCAUAUAUUACUGAAAUCAUCAGAAAUGAAGGUUUGAAAAUAUUUUAUUACCUUCCUGUGACUACUUUGGUUGCGCAAAUGAAUUCAGGGGCUACAUGUUGUUUAACAAAAACAAACAUGUGUUUUGGUUAAGAUUAUUGUAAAAAUUUAAUAUAUAUCAUUUAUAAUUUAUAUGAACGUAAAAUGUUUGCAAUCUGAUGGCAUUAACAGUUGAGAAUUUGUUUUGAACUGAAAUAUGAAUUGUACUAAACCUUUCCAGGAUGAACAUGAAAUGAAGCAACUUUUGGAAUCAAUAUAUGGAGUUUUACAAACUAAAGAUAAAAAACACUUUGAGUCGCAUAUUAUAUUUGAUGGUGCUACAAAAGGUACAGAUCCAACGGAGUAUGCAUUACAGCUUCUUUACCUUAUUGAUGAAGUGUUAGGAUUACCACCGGAUACAUGUGAAAAAAGAAAUACGCCAUAUGGGAUGUCUCUUAAGUAUACCCUCAGAACAAAAAUAGCAAAUUACGAAUACGAAACGAUGGACCUUACAAUUCACAUGAAAGAUAACACAAAGGUUAAGAGUAAAAAGCGAUGGAGUCAGGUGAUGUAUAUGUCUUAUGUGUUAGAUUGGCGCCUGAAAGAGAUGAAUGCUACAGAGGAAGAUGUCUUCAUUUUGACUACGGAUGCUGACGUUAAAUUCACUUCAGAAUCAAUAGCUUACCUUCUCGAUUUGAUGGUUCGUGACGACAGUGUGGGCGCAGUAUGUGCGCGUACCUUUCCUCUUGGGAAUGGUCCAGUUGUUUGGUAUCAAGCUUUCGAAUAUGCUAUCGGUCAUUGGUUUCAAAAGGCAGCAGAACAUGUAACUGGAUCCGUUCUCUGUUCGCCUGGAUGUUUCAGUGUGUACAGAUGUAAAGCGAUUAAAGAGGUCUUACCAACCUACGCAUCAGAUGUGGAGCAUGCAUUUGACUUUCUUACGAAAGAUAUGGGAGAAGACAGAUGGCUUUGCACACUUAUGGUUCAAAGUGGACGACGCAUUGAAUAUUGUGCUGCAUCAGAAAAUAGUACACACUGUCCAGAGACAUUUGAUGAAUUUUUCAAACAAAGGAGGCGAUGGGUGGUUUCAACACUAGCAAAUAUGAUGCUGCUGUUGCAGCAAUGGACGUUAGUUUAUAAAUUCAACCACCGUGUUUCAUUUCUGUUCCUGGUUUACCAAGCUGUCUUGCUGUUUGCUACUUUGAUUGGACCAAGUUCUGUCGUAUUAGUUAUAUGUGGUGGCUUGAAGUAUUCUUGGAACUGGAAUCCAGUUCUUACACUCAUUUUGCAGUUGAUGAUAUGCACAGGGUUCACUAUAACAUGUCUUAUUACAUCAUCAAAAACUCAGCUUACCGUUGCGAAGAUCCUUACAUUUAUGUAUGCAGCUGUCAUGACAGCCGUUACAGUUGGAACAGUAUUGCAGAUCUCAAACGAUUUCAAUGGAUUGCCUGGAGCAGAGGCGAACUUCAUAAGCCACGACGUCAAAAUAUCAACAGCCUCAGUAUAUCUUGCCACAAUAAUCGGAAUAUUUCUAGUCACUGCUGUACUGCACUUGCAAGAAUGUGUAUAUCUGAUACAUGGGAUAUGGUACCUAAUGUGUCUACCAGCCGGAUAUCUGUUAUUAAUGAUAUACAGCAUAUGUAAUAUAACUGACAGAUCUUGGGGAACAAGGGAAGGAAGUCGUGGCAAUGAUUCUUCAACCGUGUAUGAAAACAUGCGAAAUCAGAUUGCAAAGAAAUUAAGAUCAAUAUUCAGGUAAUGUACUAGGCUUACAAAAAAAAAUAGGCUUGAUGUUUU